GCGCUCGGAGGCGCAUCUGACGGAGCUGCUGGAGCGGGUGUGCGAGAAGAUGAAGGAGUACGGGGAGAAGACGGACCAGGCCACGCACAGGAAGAGCUACGUGCGGGUGAUCUCCCACGACGGCACCAAGAUGAACCUCUCCGGGGUCAAGUUCGACGGGGACGUGACUUCCAGCCUGAAGUUCGCGUGCGAGAGCAUCGCUGAGGAAUACGAGGAUGAGCUCAUUGAGUUUCUCUCCCACGAGGCUGAAAAUGUCAAGGAUCGGCUCUGCAGCAAGAGGACGGGUGAGCCAGGGGAGCCUCUGCUGUUCUGGGGGUCGUGGCUGCUCUGUCAGGGUUGGGACAGGAGGAGCUGCAGGUUCUUCCCAAAGUCCCAGUGCUGA